AUGGCUGGUAGAGGUAGACCUGCAAACAUUAACGCCGAUCUUGCUGCCGCUCUAAAUGGUCUAACUGAAGUUUUAAGGGCACAGGCACAGUUCAUGCAAGGGGCUCAUGUUGCUCCAGGAGGAGAACAUCGUGGACUUGAUAAAUUUUUGAAACGGGACCCUCCAACUUUCAAAGGGGAGUACAAUCCUGACGGAGCUUAUAAAUGGAUGACCCAAGUAGAAAAGAUUCUCAACUCGAUGAACUGCACCGAUAAUCAGAAGGUGAAUUAUGCCAGUUAUCUGCUAGAGGGAGAAGCUGAAACCUGGUGGGCCCAGGUUAAACCAAGGAUGAUCCAAGUUAACCUGAUGACUUGGAUAGAGUUUAAAAGAGUAUUCCUGGAGAAAUACUUCCCUGAAGACGUCAAGGCUCGAAAGGAAGUUGAAUUUUUGGAGCUGAAACAGGGAAAUAUGACUAUUGGGCAAUAUGCAGUUAAAUUCGAGGAACUGGCUCAAUUUCAUCCCUCGUACCGCGAUGCUGCAAAUGAAAACUCCAAAUGUAUUAAGUUUGAAAACGGAUUGAGGCCAGACAUCAAAGCUGCCAUUGGGUACCAGCAGAUUCGAAAUUUUUAUACGUUGGUAGACAAAUGCCGCAUAUUCGAGAAUGACGACAAACAGAGAAAGGAGUACCUUAAAACCCUCGGCCCUCAGAAGAACUUUCGAGGAGGAAUUGAUAAAAAGAAACCAGUCCAAAAAGCCUUCCGAUCGCAAAGCUCUUCUUCUAGUGAGAAAAACAAAAUCCUGAGAUACCAGCCGCAAAAUCCUCCCCGAUGUUACAACUGUGGAGGAAACCAUUACCGGAAGGCAUGA